AUUCGCAUUCAUUCAAUCCGAUCUUCGUCCGGAACGAGUCUAGCCGCCACAGCUCACAACCCACCGUUGAUUGAUUGCGUGAAACGCGUCUCCAUUGCUGCACAUGGGCUGAGUCCCCCCCCCCCCCCCCCGACGACGCUGCUGCUGCUGUUGGGUACUCUGUAAUAGCGGUGAUCGGACCUGAUUGCGAGGCUGAGUGGGAUAUAUUAACUAAUUGGAGAAACACAGUCUAGUGCUCGGAAGCAAACGCAUAGAUUGAUUGGUGCGUCUGUGUGUGUUUGUGGAGAGUUUUAGAGGAAGAGUUGCUUGGUGACUCUCGAUAGCGUUCGAGGUUGGCUUGUUGAGUGCAAUAGUUCUGGGAGAGGUUUGAAAGUGGUGUCGAAAGUGAGAGUAGAGGUGUGAAUGCAAGUGGUAAUUCUCCCCUUUUUAUUCAUUUAUUAAGUGUGGGUGGCUUGCGGACCGAUUUCUGCAACUCUCGUGGUGGUGUCUAGUUGGGCAGAGGGAGCUCUACGGAGUUUUUUUUUUUUUCUGUUUGUGAAUUUGAAAGCAGCCAGCUAAAGUUUGAAUUUGGCGCAUUCGGAUCUAUACCUGGAGCUAGACCUUAGCUUGUUUUGAAACCGCUGCACUUCCAAAAUUCCCGAACCACUCACACAAUUGUGCAAUACACUCACUUCGCCUCUCCUCCACAUAUCGUGCAAAAUUCCAACUGAGAUACAAUGCCUGGGAUAAACAUCAACCUGACGAAUCUGUCACUGAAUACUACCCCGACUGAGUUGAAACGAAACCAAGUGUGGAUGGACCCAGAUCUGUGGGGUGCUCUGCCGGAGUCCCUCUUGGAGCUCAUCCUCACGCACCUGCCUCUCCCCAACCUUCUGCAAAUGCGAGCCGUUUGUAGGAAGUGGAAUUCUCUUGUGCAGACUCCGCGUUUCCUCGAUGCCCAGCGCUGCACUUCAACGCAGUGCCAGUCCUACGUGCUUACAGUCUCGGAGCCUGCUUUCUCCGCUUUCUCAUUCUACCAGAAAGGCCCAGAGCUCCAUUACCUCCGCAGCUCCUCACUCUACUGCCAAGUCUCGCGGACCUGGUUCAACUUGUCUUUGGACUUUCUGCCAUUCGCGGAUCUCUAUGUGACAUCUGUGGGAGGAGGAUUGGUCUGUUUCGUGGCUUACAAGGGCAAAGCCAACAGAACUAAUCGCGAAGUCGUGAUUGGCAUCGCUAACCCUGCAAGCCGCACGUGGAGGCUGCUUCCUAGCUGGGGAGACAAUACCCCAUGCCGCAAUCUGCCAAAUUUUGUGGCGAUGGUGGUGGACAAUUUCACUCGGAAAUAUAGAGUGGUGGCGGUAGACUACGACAGGAUCACCACCUACAUGUACAACUCGGCGCAUAUGUCAUGGACGAAGAGCAAAGACGUCCCUACGCAACACAACUUCCCAUACUAUGACCGCACGCCGACGCAGGCGGUGAUGACAAGCGACGGCUCCAAGCUGGUGUGCACCACCCAAUGCAAAACCGGCAUCUCGGUCUAUGAUAUGGACACGGGGCUGUGGGAUUCCUACCACGUGUUCCUGCCUGGAAUGCACAGCAAUGUGCACCUGGUGCAGCACCGGGGCCGCAUUCUCCUGAUCAGCCGGAUAAUGAAGGCCAAGUAUGAAGGCUCAGAGCGACUGCAGAUCUCCGAGCUCGAUCGAAAAGGUUUGCGAGUGACCAAGGCCUUGGACGAGGUACCACUCGGUCCAUCGAAGCAGUUCCUGGACCAUUUUAAGGUUUGUGACCUUGUCGGACCCGACGACUCGCAACAAGGCUUGUGCUUCGUCUCUGUAACCACUGGAGAGCGGUGGGUGUAUGAUUUGGAAGGGAGGUUUUGGCGGAUUAUGCCCAGCUGGCCUCGAGUGAGGAGCAAGAGCAUGGCAGCUUAUGGUGGAUUCUCAAUUCAGUUGCGAGUGGACAUUCAACCUUAGCAACUCCAUCGACCCUCUCCUCGCAAUGAGAUCUCCAUCCACGCCACCGAUUCGUUUUGUAAAAAAUUACUUCGUUCCGACUUACAAAAAGAACCAAUUAUGAGCUGACAUUUUAUAUCACGAUUAGCUCUAGGUCGACGACUGAAGCUUAUCGAUCAUCUGGAACUAUACACUGAAGAACUGUCUUCAUUCUUUAUGAAAAGGCUAAUGGACAAAGUGAGUACACUGGAAAAGGGUGUAAGCGGAAUUUAUGAGGGUGUAGUUAGGCUGGAUACGUGGCCAUCUUUUCAGACUGGUUUCAAUGGGGCCCCAAUAUUUUUAGCUAAGGUUCACAUUCGGAGCCACUCAUCAGAAGCUUGAGUGAUGCUAUCUGCCUUGUAUAGAGAGUUCCACAAUCAAAUUAAUAUUUUUGAUGAAGAUCAUUACUGUUGC